AUGGCUACGUUUGAGCACGAAAAUUCUCUAUCGGCACUCCCUUUGCCAAACCUACAAGACACUUUACGGCAGUUGGAGGAAUGUAUUAAGCCACUUCAUUUCGCCGAUGGCUACUACAAACAUCCGUUAUAUCCUGAGGAAAAUUAUGAUCUGCCGUCAAGGAUAUCUCAGUUCGCCAGUUCUGACGCCGCCAGGAAAUUGCAAGGAAGAUUGAAGGAUUUUGAGAGUGAAAAUCACUGCUAUCUUGACAGAUUACAUCUGGAUAUUAAUAACCAUUCUCUCACGCAGGAAAUACAGGACGACGUUUUGCCCAGAAAUCCGUUUCUAAUUCUUUCUGAGGAUGCUGUGCAAGAUGUCAGACAGGAAGAGCGGGCAGGUGUUUUGUGCUAUUCAGCAAUGAGGUUCAUCUCAGCACUGAAGAAUGGAUUCCUUCCUCCUGAUUGUAAUGCUGAAGGCGAUCUUUUAACCAUGGUGCCUUAUUUGAAUAUGUUUGGUAGUACUCGUUGUCCCGUAUUCAGACCAGGUGAAGUGGAUGCGUUUGAUUUGAACAAACCUUACACAGAAAGCGACUUAGAUGAACCAGAGCCACUUCCUUCUGAUGUUUCUGAAGAAGCAGUUUUCUCGAAUAGGUCGCGGUCCUCUUCGACUUCGUCUGAGAGGGAGGAGCCAUUUCGCCGCCAUGGGAUUACAAUAAACACAUACAGAAAUUCCAAGCACAUUUUGAUAAUUUCUAAAGGUCAGUACUACAUUUUAGAAGUGCUAGAUGACAAUGACAACCUGCUUUAUGAUGGUUCGGACUUAUCUGCUAUAUUUCUUUCCGUUUUAAAGGACUGUCAGAUUCCUUCAAAUCUGAGAAAGUCUACAGCUUUGGGAAGCUUAACCUCGUAUUCAUUACGGAAUUGGAGAUAUGCCCGGAAAAGACUCCAUAAACGGUUCCCUGAUGAACUAACAAUGGUUGAUUCUGCCCUCUUUGUUGUUGUUUUGGAUGAAUCCGAUGGAAGUGAGCAUGAAACAGAUGAUCGCAAGAGACUUUUCUAUGGAACAAGUGUCAUUGAUGAGAAAACUGGUUUUCAAAUAGGUUCGUGUAUUUCGCGGUGGUACGACAAACUGCAGUUGGUUGUGACUGCUGAUUCAAAAGCUGCUGUAAUUUGGGACUCUUUUACUUGUGAUGGUUCAGUUGUUCUGCGCUUUGCGUCUGAUAUGUAUGCAGAGUCUAUUUUGAGAUUAGCGAGGGAAGUCAACAAUAAUGAUUCAAGCUUUUCUCUGUGGCCCCAAGUUCAAACAAAUCGUCUUGUGAAAAAUGAACUACAAGUCAGUGAUAAAGUUAAGAAGAUUAUUUGGUCUUUCAGUCACAUCUUGAACACCCAUGUUCAUCUUUCAGAGACAAAUUUGACAGAUUUGAUUUGCAAACAUAACAUUGUGCAUAAAACCAUACCUUUUGGCCGUCGGAUGGCUCGUGAAUUAGGUAUCAAGGCCGACUCUAUGAUACAAAUUGCAAUUCAAGUUGCACAUUAUGCUCUUUAUGGGAAACUAGCUUUCAGUUUUGAGCCGGUCUCUACUAGGUCUUUCAAGAAUUCUAGAUCCGUAUUUGUUCCGGUGCAAAAUCAACAUUUACUUGAUCUGUGCCAACUCUUUAUUUCGAACUACCUGGAUGAAAAAGGAAAGCUGGAGAAGUUUCUGGCUGUCUGUGAUAAGCACACGGAAACAGUAUCGGCAGCUCGGCGCGGCCAGGGUUUUGAAAAGCAUUUCAAUGCACUGAAAUUUCUAUUUCAAUUUCGCUCGCAUUAUGGUAUUCAACUCGAUGCGGAUGAAAUGCGUGUAACAUCUGCGCUGUUUGACAGUGAGUUGCUUUCACCUUUUUCCGCACCUGAUAUAAUCGCUGCAAACUGUGGUAACACAGCAAUGACAGCGUUCGGAAUCAAUCCUGCUGUACCACAAGGUUUUGGGAUAGGAUACAUUCUUGAAGCUGAUCAAUGUGAUCUGACCGUAACAUCUCAGUUUAGGCAAGGAGAGAGGCUUCUAUUUAUGCUUGAAUGGGUUCUCACAGAGAUCAGGGAGUACUGGAACCUAAUCCGAAACGCCGAAGGUUGCAAUGGGGUGAAGAUUAGCCCUCUGGUUGACAAAUUGUACAAACUUGAUAAUGCGUUCAAUACAGGGAAACACGCAACCAAUGUGCCCCCAUCUCUAAUUGCACUGAAUUCUGUAAAUGGUGGAUAUGGCUUGUUCGACCUCAGGGGGCAUGUAGAAAGUAGGACGCCGUCUAGGCCGGUGUCGAGAAACAAUUCAUCCAUGAGACUUAAUGAGUUAAUCCUGAGUUCAAAUUUGACAAGAUCAACGUCCACUGAUUCAGUUCCUACUGAAAAAGAGAAGCAGAAUACUGGUCAUCAAAUCUCUAAGCUAGACCCUUUCUUAUCGUCACCUGAAAGUUCUGAUUCAUCGUCUGGGAAAAGAAAUAAUGUCAUUAAUUCCCGUUUCGAAAUCAAUUUUGAUCGGAGCUCUGUAGGUAAAAAAGUUGGUACACCAAACUGA